UUUCCCGCCGCACUCAUGAAUGUUGAGUUUUCGGAGAAUACUCCUAGAGACGUUAAAAGAAAACUAAAUCCAGCCAAAGAUGAGGAUUUAGGGGUAUUCAAUACACAGAGAUACAACAUUGUAUCUGGAAAUACAGAUAAUGCAUUUAGGUUGUCCUCGCAUAGAGAGCGUGACGGCGUACUUUAUCUUGACCUUCAAAUCAAUGGUUUCCUUGACAGGGAAACUACUGAUCAUUAUGAGUUGGUCAUAGAAGCGCUAGAUGGUGGUACACCGCCAUUAAGAGGCACGAUGACCGUAAAUAUUACCAUUUUAGAUGUUAAUGACAAUCCACCGGUAUUUGCAGAAAGUGCAUAUUCAGCCAUGAUACCAGAAAAUGCUACAGUUGGGACAGCUGUGUUGAAAGUGUUCGCUAUAGAUUCUGAUGCAGGUGAAAAUGGGCUGAUAGAGUAUUCAAUAAACAGACGGCAGAGUGAUAAAGAGAACAUGUUUAAAAUAGAUCCUAAUACAGGUGAAGUAACGGUGAACAAAGCUUUAGAUUUCGAGACCAAAGAAUUGCAUGAGUUGGUCGUCGUUGCCAGAGACAAAGGCGCUCAGCCUUUAGAAACGACGGCAUUUGUGUCAAUUCGCGUUACUGACGUAAAUGAUAAUCAGCCAACGAUUGAUGUUAUUUUUCUAAGUGACGAUGCUACACCUAAGAUAUCUGAAUCAGCACAGUUAGAUGAAUUCGUUGCGAGAAUAUCAGUACAUGAUCCCGAUUCCAAAACGGAAUAUGCAAAUGUUAAUGUAACAUUGAGUGGUGGCGACGGACAUUUUGAUUUACGGACGCACGAUAAUAUAAUUUAUUUAGUGGUAGUCGCUUUACCUUUGGACAGAGAGUCCCAGUCCUCCUACACUCUGAAUGUCGUUGCAACGGAUAAGGGCUCCCCACCAUUACACGCAUCUCGCAUCAUCAGUCUUCGUGUGACUGAUGUAAAUGAUAACCCACCGGUUUUUCUAGAGAGUGUAUAUAAAACUAGUGUCCCGGAAGCUGCGGCUCCAGGCACGCCCGUUAUCCAAGUUUCUGCAAGCGAUGUAGAUGAAGGAGAAAAUUCUGAUAUUAGGUAUUCCUUACUUCCCACACCGCAGUCCGAUUGGUUUUCGAUUGAUGAGCGUUCUGGUUUAGUUACAACGCGUGCUCGUGUUGAUUGUGAAACAAAUCCCAUGCCUCGGCUAACAGUGGUAGCUAGUGAUCGUGGUAAUCCACCAUUGUCGUCCACAGCGACGUUACUGGUGACAGUUUUAGAUGUGAAUGAUAACGAGCCAAUCUUCGACCAAUCCUUCUACAACGUGACCGUGGCAGAGAAUGAAGCCGUCGGCAGCUGUAUUUUAAAGAUGUCAGCAAUUGAUCCGGACUGCGGUGUGAACGCCAUCGUCAAUUACACGCUGGGUGACGGCCUGUCUCAGGCGUUCACAGUGAGACCAGACACAGGAGAGCUCUGUGUUUCUGGUUCUUUGGAUCAUGAAACGAACAGCGACUUUGAGUUUCCCGUCAUAGCUACUGAUCGAGGGGGCCUGUCGACGACCGCAAUGGUGAAGAUUCAACUUCUCGAUAUAAACGACAACGUUCCGGCCUUCACUGUGAAAGAUCACGACGUUUCUCUAAAGGAGGGUAGGAUAUCAAGCAACGAACCAAUAGUAGCCGUGUCCGCUAGCGACGCUGAUUCUGGAAGAUUCGGAACUAUAACGUACAGAAUCGUCAACGGAAAUGAUAAUGAUGUAUUCCGUAUAGAUAGGAGUACGGGAGAAAUAUUCGUAACGAAGCCAGCUCUGAUACAAGCCAAUAGAAAGUUUGAUUUGGAAGUAUCAGCGACUGAUGGCGGUGGUCUAGUCGCGCCGCAAGGGGCUACGGUUCAUGUGAACGUGAUGCCUGCUGGGGUUGGUUCAGCAUUGUUCGAUAAACCAAGAUAUAAUUUUCGUGUGCGGGAAGACGUGAGGAGCGGAACCAUUGUUGGGAAUCUGAAAGCUACGACUGGUGGUAAGCAGCUAGUUCGCUACAGCAUCGUAUCUGGCGAUGUAGAUAACCGGUUCACAAUAGAACCUCACACUGGUGCCAUCAGGACUUCAGGGCAGUUGGACAGAGAGACUACAUCUUCAUACUUGCUUAAUGUGAAAGCUGCCGUCGGAAAUCCAGCGAGCUAUGAUCAGACUCAGGUCCAAAUAACAUUAGAAGAUGUGAACGACAAUGCACCAGAAUUUGGCACAUCAUCAGUAAGAGUAUCUGUAGCAGAAUCGACUGCUAUCGGCUCCGUGGUAUAUGCUGCAAGAGCAACUGAUGAGGACGAUGGGAAAAACAGUCAGAUAACAUACAGCCUCGUUUCUGCUACUGGACCGUCCAACACUUUUGCUGUGAACCCUCAACACGGAUUAGUUACUUUGUUGAGAUCAUUAGACUAUGAGAACCUCGUUCGUCAUACGCUCAUAAUUUCCGCCAAAGAUAAUGGAAGCCCGCAACUAAGUGCUAAUCUAACACUCGCUGUAGACGUCCAAGAUGUAAAUGACAAUGCUCCAAUAUUUGAACACGAAACCUACAGCACUAAUGUAUUGGAAUCAGAUGCUGUUAAUUCCAAGAUUUUAGAAAUACAAGCCAUAGACAAGGACACCGGUAACAAUGCGCGCAUAACCUAUCGCGUCGUAUCUGAGAAUAAUACAAACGAAGAGCAUUUUAAAGUUCAACCGACUACAGGCUGGGUGUACCUCGCUAAACCUCUCGAUAGAGAGACGAUAGCUAAACACAAAAUGACAAUAAUAGCUACAGACAAUGGUAUCCCGCCGCUGUCAGCGACUGCCAGCCUUAUUGUCAACGUGGUAGAUGCUAAUGAUAAUGAUCCAGUUUUCUCACAAACCGCCUAUGAGUUUCGAGUUGAAGAGAAUCAGAAAGCUGGUGCGUUCGUUGGAAAGAUAUCAGCGACUGAUGCAGAUUUAGAAGAUAAUGCUGCAAUUAGAUUUAGCUUGUUCCCUGUUAAUACAAGUUUUGUCGUCAAUCCUAAUACAGGCAUUAUAACAACAAAAGAAAUUUUAGACAGAGAGUACAAAAACUCCUACUCGUUAUUUGCUGAAGCAAGAGAUCAAGGAUCCCUCCCGAGAUCGAGCAGAGUUCCAAUAUCAAUUAAAAUAACGGACGUUAACGAUAAUUCACCAGAAAUAAUUGAUCCCAGGGAAGAUGUAGUCAGCGUAAGAGAAGAACAACAGCCUGGAGCAGAAGUAGCUAGAGUUAAAGCUAUAGAUAGAGAUAAUGGUGUAAAUGCUUCUGUUAUAUAUUCCAUUUUAAAUGAGAGAGAUAUGGAUGGAUUUGGCGUGUUCGUAAUUGAUUCAAAUACUGGCGUUAUCAAAACGAGUACAGUUCUGGAUCAUGAAGAAAGGUCAAUAUAUCGUCUAACUGUAGCAGCUACAGACGGAGGACUACCACCACGACAAACUGUACGACAAUUAAAAGUAGAAGUACUAGAUUUAAAUGAUAAUAGACCCACGUUCACAAGUUCUAGUUUAUCAUUCAAAGUUAAAGAGGAUGCAAAGAUUGGUCAUAUAGUCGGUAUAGUAGCAUGUUGCGAUAGUGACUCACAUGAAAAUACGAUAAAUGACGAUGAGGAAAGACAAAUAUCCUAUUUACUUAUGUCGCUUACAUCAGAUUACUCUCCCGGUACAUUUGAAAUAGACAGAAGAAGUGGUUCUUUAGUUGUUGCAAGACAAUUAGAUAGAGAAAUACAAGACGAAUAUAGAUUGGAAGUAAGAGCCUUGGAUACAUCAGCUACAAACAAUCCACAAAGCAGUGCUGUCACUGUUCGUAUCGAAAUCAUCGAUGUUAAUGAUAACGCACCCCAAUGGGCUCAAGAUCCUAUUAACAUAGAGGUGUCUGAAAUAACAUCUGUUGGUACAACUAUUUAUAAUUUCACUGCUCGGGAUGAAGAUGCAGGGCCUAACGGAGAUUUGAAUUAUCACAUAAUGUCUUCUCUACCGGUUAAUAAAAAUGUUUUCAAUUUAGAUCCUCUAACUGGUUCUCUAAGUCUUAUUUCACCUCUCGAUUAUGAAACAUUGAAAGAGUAUUGGUUAGUUGUCGAAGCCGUUGAUCUUGCUACUAAUGUAUCUGAGAGAAUGUUAACUUCAGCAACAGUUCACAUUUCUGUUAUUGAUGCGAAUGACAACACUCCUAGUUUUGUUUCGGCGAAUAAAGUAUCAGUCUCAUCAAAUACUCUAUCUGGCAUUUUAUACCAGGCUUUGGCAGUUGACACAGAUUCAGGAGAUAACGGGAGAAUAUCAUAUUUCAUAUCAGGUGGAAAUGACCACGCUUAUUUCUCAAUAGACUACAACACCGGAAAACUGACGUUGGCAAAGAAAUUCUCUUCAGACCUUACAAGAGUCAGACCAGGACAGUAUAAGCUGAAUUUAACCGCUUCCGAUCAUGGAAUACCGUUUCCUAGACAAAGUCAUAUGACAUUACUUUUAAGCUUACAAGAGUCUACUAAUGUACCACCGAGAUUUACAGAUUCCUACUAUAGAGCUAAUAUUAGUGAAGAUAUUCGACCAGGCAGUUUUGUUACAAGGCUUUCAGCAAAGUCAUCUAGAGGAAAUUCAGGUAAUCUCAGCUACAUGAUACCAUCAGGCGUUGCUGGUGAUAAAUUUGCAAUCGAUGAACACCUCGGCACCGUUACUGUUACCACCAAAAUUGAUAGAGAAGAAGCAGAUCAGUAUACAUUUCCCGUAUAUGUUACUGAUUCAAGUACUUUUCAGUCCACGACAAACUUCGAUGUGGCUACUGUGUCCAUAAGUAUUUUAGACGUCAAUGACAACCCACCUUCAUUUAAACAAGGUUCUUGUUAUACUUUAACAGUACCUGAAAAUAAUGAGCCUGAAGUUAUACAUACGGUAGCAGCAACAGACAAAGAUAUAGGAGCUAACGGUAUAAUCACUUAUAGUAUUAUAUCUGGUAAUAAUGGAAACAAAUUCUCGAUUGAUGCUACAACGGGUAAACUCACAGCAAAAACCUUAGAUAGAGAAACUCAAUCGAGGUAUGAUUUAACAAUAUCGGCGUACGAUCACGGUUCACCAGUAGCGCUACAAGGAUCUUGUAACCUGACUAUAAUGGUCGAAGAUCAGAACGACAAUGAUCCUGUAUUUGACACAGGACAUUAUUCUGCUGCAAUUCCAGAAGACGCAUCCAUUGACACCUCCAUUAUCAAAGUUAGAGCCACUGAUGCAGAUUUAGGUUAUAAUAAACGAAUUGUAUAUUCGCUAGCAAACGAAAGCCAAGGAUUGUUUAGAAUAGAUAACAAGACUGGAGUUAUUUUUACAACUGGAUAUUUUGACCGUGAAAAAACUAGUAGCUAUCGUUUUGAUGCCGUUGCCACAGACCAAGGGCGUUACGUUGCACGGUCGCAAAGAGUUUCAGUAGAAGUUACAAUUAAUGACGUAAACGAUAAUAAACCAAUCUUUACAAAAUAUCCAUUUAAAGAACAAAUGGCCACAUUAACUCCUCCGGGACAAAGUCUAAUACGCGUUUCAGCAAGUGACAAUGAUAUAGGUACUAAUGCUGAAAUACUUUUUGAGCUCUUAGAUACGUCAAACCAUAAAUUUCGCAUAAAUCCAACAACGGGAGUCCUUACUGCUACUCAAAGCUUAGCUAGUGAAAACGGUAAAUUAAUACAUCUUAAAGUAAUAGCAAAAGACAAAGGAAACCCUCCGCAGAGCUCAAUAGGUCUUAUCGAAUUACGUGUUGGAGAUUUUUCUGAUCAAACACCAACCCUUAAUUUUCAAAACUCUACAUACAAUGUAACAAUUGAUGAAAAUUUGCAAUAUGGAAAAGAUGUUUUACAAGUAACAGCCCUGAGAAGUGACGGACGUCGGCAAAGAAUUAUCUAUGAAUUUGGCAACGGAAAUGACAAGUAUGCCUUUGAAAUAGAUUCUAAUACUGGCCUCAUAAGGGUAAAUAACUCAGCAAAUUUAGAUUAUGAAUCAUAUCCGGGACCUACGAGGGAACUAGUUGUUGUUGCCCGCACAGAAGGCACUCCUAUUUUGUAUGGUUAUUGCAAUGUAAUAGUUAAUCUAUUGGACCAAAACGACCACGCUCCUAGGUUCACACAACAACAAUAUAUAGCGAACGUUUUAGAAGGAAACACUAAGGGCGAGUUUGUUGUUCAAUUAGCGGCUAAAGACGGAGAUCGAGGAGCAAAUGCGCGAAUACUUUAUCACAUCGUUGAUGGUAAUCACGAUAACGCAUUUAUUAUUGAACCUGCAUUUUCGGGUUCAGUAAAAACCAACAUAGUUCUCGAUAGAGAAAUAAGAGAAACUUAUAAACUAACGGUAAUAGCGACUGAUGAAGGCAAUCCUCAGAUGACAGGGACGGCUACUCUAAGAAUUAACGUUGUUGACGUCAACGACAAUCAGCCGACAUUCCCGCCCCCAAAUGUUAUCUCAGUAACUGAAGGAGCGGAAGUCGGCUCAGUACUUACAUCUGUUACUGCAAAUGAUGUCGACACAUAUCCAGCUCUGAAAUAUGCGAUUGUUCAAGGAGAUAACACUUUUUCAAUAGACAGAUAUAGUGGGAAGAUUGUCUUGAAUAGGCCACUUGAUUAUGAAAGCAAAAAAGUUUAUGAAGUAAAUAUAAGCGCAUCUGACAACGAACACGUUGCAAAGACAACUUUAACAAUUAAAGUGACGGACAUUAAUGAUAACACGCCUGUCUUUGAUGAAAUUUCAUAUAAUAGAGUCUUGCCCGAAGGAAGCGGCACUAUUGAAAUCGGUUCAGUCAACGCAAAAGAUAUUGACAGUGGAGAUAAUGGGAAGAUUUCGUACUUUAUUGUACAACCCAGUCCUGGCUACUAUAUUGAUGCGGACUCCGGGGUUUUAUAUGUGAAUUAUAGCGCUUUGCCCGCUCAUCAAAGUGAUAUGCAAUUGGCUGUGAUUGCAACGGACCAUGGAAAGCCAAACAGAAGUGCCGUAGCAUCUGUAAGGAUCAACACUGGCGCGUCUUCGGAAAUAAAACCUUUCAUCGGACAAGAUACUUACAGGAUCACAGUCAAUGAAGACACGGAAAAGGGAUCGUCACUUCUUCAAAUUGGUGGAAUAAACGAUGUUCUCAAAAGAUAUAACCUCAACUUUCAUAUCAUAUCCGGAAAUGAGGGUGAUGCUUUUGAUGUUACUACAGAAGGAGCUUUGAUACUUGUCAAUAGAUUGGACAGAGAGGUGCAGGAUUCAUAUGUCCUUGGUUUAGCUGCUGUGGAACAAGGCAAAGCUCUGUCUUACAAUCAAAAUAAAACGUCAAUUAUGAUAUUUGUUACUGUAACAGAUGCCAAUGACAACGCUCCAAAGUUUUCGGUAAAUGAUUUUGAACUCACCAUCAGUGAAGACGUCAAAGUUGGCCAUACACUUACUCAACUAACCGUAACCGAUGCUGAUUUGUACGGAACGCCAAACUCUGCGAUUGUUUUUAACAUAACUUCAGGGGACGAUGAAAAAUCAUUUUACGUACACCCAACGACUGGUGUUUUGACUGUUAAUAAAUCACUUGACUACGACACAGGAAAGUCAAAAUACAAAUUAAUUAUAGUCGCCUGUGAUCAAGGCAGCCCGUGUCUUUGUAACGUUGUCUAUAUAGACGUAGAAAUUCUCGAUGAAAACGAUAAUAUACCCACAUUCCCAGUAAGUGAAUAUUUCGAAACAAUAGGUGAGAAUGAACGCGUUGGGACAUCGGUAUUCACAGCUCGAGCUACAGAUCUUGACAGAGGCAAAUAUGGAAAACUAAAUUACACUAUAGUACCAUUGUCUACAAAUUACAAUAGAAACGAUGACUCUUGGAAAAUGUUUCAAAUCGAUUCUACAACGGGUCUUGUAAAUACUAAUUCAGUAUUCGACUACGAACAAAAGAACAAAUAUGAAUUUUCUAUAAAAUCUUCUGAUUUAGGUGGAAAAAGUUCUACGGUCAAAGUGAGAAUUGACAUAGAAAGUCGAGACGAGUUUUAUCCUCAGUUCACUCAGAAAACCUACAAUUUCGGUGUUCCGAAAUCUGGUUCAUUACCAGCAGGUUAUAUAAUAGGACAAGCGACAGCAACAGACAGAGAUAAAGGUAUCGAUGGGCGCAUAGUGUAUCAGCUGUCAACUUCACAUUCAUACUUUAAGAUAAACAGAACAACAGGUGUUAUUAUUUUGAAGAAGAAAGUAGAAUCAGUUAAAAACUUAUUCGGUUCUGAUAAAUCGAUAAGCUUAGUGGUCACAGCCAGUUCAGGCAGGCAAGGCUCUCUAACAAAUAAAACUGCAGUUGAAAUAUUACUCGAUCCUUUAGCAGUUGUCUCCGACCACACAAAUCUGAUCAACGACACGUCCAUUGCACAAAGCAGUGGACUUUCCGAUUGGGCAUUAGGAUUAUUAAUUGCAUUUAUAUUUAUUAUUAUAAUAUUUGCAGCGGCAUUCUUAUUUUUACAUAUGAAAAAUAAAAGACAUAAGAAAGUAAAUAAGCCAGGACUCAGUUCCGAAGGAGUUGGGGCCUCAAAUAGUUAUGUAGAUCCAAGUGCUUUUGAUACAAUCCCUAUACGAAAUACAGGUCCAGUCAAUUCCGCCAAUCAAUUUGCUCCCCCAAAAUAUGAUGAAAUACCACCAUACGGGGCUCAUACAGCAAGCUCCAAUUCAGGGGCUGCAACUACUUCUGAAUUGUCUGGGUCGGAUCAAUCCGGAUCUAGUGGCCGUGGAUCAGCAGAAGAUGGUGAAGAUGGCGAAGAUGAAGAAAUAAGAAUGAUAAACGAGGGUCCAUUACAAAGAGAAGGUCUGCAUAGACAGGCAGACGAUGAUAACCUCUCUGAUGUUUCUGUUCAUAACACUCAAGAAUAUUUAGCUAGAUUAGGAAUUGUGGAUACUGGGACUGGAGGAGGAGCAUCAACGUCAUCUAGAAGAUGUUCAGAAAACGUUGUUAAUAAAGACACAAUGUUGCAUCAUGGUCCAAUAGAUUCAAUGCAUAUAUUUGACGAAGAUGGCGGUCAUGAAAAUGAUAUAACAAACUUAAUUUAUGCUAAACUAAAUGAAGUUACCGGCAGCGAAAGAGCUAGUAGUGCUGAUGAAGCGAGUGCUGCUGUUGAUAGGGCGAUGGCUCUUGGUGCUUUCCCAAGUGCACCAGGUGAUAACACUGCUGUACCAACUGCUGGGCCAUCUAUGACAGGAAGUCUAAGCUCUAUUGUUCAUUCAGAAGAAGAAUUAACUGGAAGCUAUAACUGGGAUUAUUUACUAGAUUGGGGACCGCAAUAUCAACCUUUGGCGCAUGUUUUUUCAGAAAUUGCCCGCUUAAAAGAUGAUGCGGUGUCAUUACAAAGUGGUAAUAGUGGCGCAUCAAGUGCAAAGAGCAAAGGAACAUCAAUAUCAGGUGGAAAGAGUGUCCCACCACCUUUACUUACAACAGUCGCACCAAGAAGUUGUCCAGCUCCAUCGUUAUCAUGUAGGCAACCGCAACACUUAUUACCAAGGUCUCCUAUUAGUCAUGAUGUUCCUGGUGGAUUUUCCGCUGCCGCUGCUAUGUCACCGUCGUUUUCACCAUCCUUAUCUCCAUUAGCUACUCGAUCACCGUCUAUGUCACCACUGGUAGGGCCAGGCCUUCCGCCUGCGCCAGGAAGUAGGAAACCCCCUCACUCAACGAUGAGGAUGUAAGUUAGACUAUUUUUUCUAUUAAUAAUAUUUUGUACAUAAUCUAGUACUCGACUGUUUGCCUUAUAAGUAUUGUUUUAAUAGUAUUUAUUGAUUACCGAUGCAAUCGGAUUAGUUUUUUGUAAUUUAGCAUCAUUUUGUGCAUGUUAAUUGUAUUUUACUUCCCUGGAUAUGCUCAAAGUGAUUAUAAGCGCUUAUUACCGAUUUUACGGUAAAUGUAAAUAAUGUCUUCAUUCGGGUAUAACUUUAACUGUACAUAUUAGUUUGUAUAUUAUAUAGUGCCUUGUAAAGAGAAUGAAAUGAAGACUGCCAUGUUAUAACGUAUAACACAAACGAAUCAGCUUUACUGUAAGCUAUAAGGUUACUCUUAGAUACAGCAAUUUAUUGUAAGUUUUAAUUUGUAUUUGUAAUAUUGUAUUUGCAAAUAAAAUCUUUAAUGCAAUAAUUUGAAAUUUUAUAUUUAAGACAAUAAUCUGUGCCUCCAUGAUUGUAACUGAUAUAUUUAGAAAUAUUUUAUACUGUGAUUUUCGUCUAAGUAUCGAAAACGCCUUUAGGUGCUUCAUUUGAAAUAAUUUGAUUUAUAUUUCUAUGUUAUGUAUAUUUUAUUUCGCUUUACACAUCAAAUUAUUUCAGAUUAAGUGAUAUUAUUUGUAUAUAAAACGAUUAUUGAGUUCCAAACGACUGUCCAAGAUGUUUAUAGAAAAAUAAACAAAAUUGU